AUGCCAAUAUUGGAGCCUCCUACGUUUCAACUCAACAUCUCUCGCUUCUGGAGCGCACCGGAGCAAGCAGAUGCGAGCUGGGUGGUCCAAUAUUUGGUGGUACUUGGACUAGGCGCGUACGCGACGACGCGCGAUGAAAUCUCCUCCGCAGAGUUCUUCUACGCCAGCGAAGCUUGCUUGGCGAAGACUGCAUACAUGUCACGGCCGACGAUAACAAGUAUUAGCAGACUUUGCCUGAUGGUCUUAGCAAAACAAGAUGCUUACGCAACCUGUUGGGCGCUAGAUACCUGCUGGAACAUCAUGGGCGUCAUUGUUCGCUUGUCAAUGAUGACAAUCCUACACCAGGAGUGGAUGCCACAGUUCCAGGAUCCCGUGAUUGUCAAGGAACGGGAACUUCGACGACGGCUCUGGACUAUCGUAGUCUACCUGGACAUCCAAGUGUCUCUAAUCACCGGACAGCAAUCGCUAUUACCGCAAGAUGCCCUUCUGGUCACCACUGAAAUGCGCAGCCCAAGUACGCUUGCGGAAUGUUGGGACACGAUCUUGCCACAAUCUUCUCCCGUCGUCUGUCACUUUUUGGCUCGUAUCAACUCCUACACGGACCAGAUCACCUAUGGCGAGGUGCUAUAAUACGAUUCGGCCAUAAAACAACUAACCCGUCAAAUCACCAACCUUCCCGGUAACGAUAUCUUUCGUCUUACGCUUGAUAUCUUCUUUCGACGCGAUCUCUUAGUCCUCCAUCGUCGUCAUGCACUGGGCCUCCAUGCGCCUGUUCUGUAUCCAACCUCCUACUGGUCAUCUCUCGAAUGCAGCCUAGCAAUGAGUAUGCACCACCGCAACCUUUACGAAGCGUCGAACCAGCCACCAAACAUUGACCUAGUAGGCCGGCCCUACAUGUUAGACUUCUUCGCAGCUGCUCUGACGGUGUGCAUCCAUCUUCUACGCAGCGAUGCGCCGUUGGACACGACUUUGGCACCCGAGGGCAC